UGCCGGCGACCCCCCCUCGUCCGUCGCCCCCUCACACACACCCCUCUCUUGCACUCCGCGGGUCCGGUACCGUUAUUAUACCGACACAGAAGUAGUUGUUGCACCGGCCCGUCUUCUCUCUGCGCGCCUGACCCCCAGAGCCGUGUGACCGCGCCGCGUGCGACACCCAGGAGCUGUCGGAGGUGCUCGUGCACGCGCGGAACAACUGAAGGAACGUUUAUAUCCAAAGAGUCCAUGGCUGCCCCCGCACACAGCAGCUGCCUGUGGAUGCUGGUUCUGGGCGCGUGCGUGUCGCUGGUGCUGGGCACGGAGUGCGGGAAGGAGUGCGCGCUGUGCGUGUACCGCCUGCUGGGCCAGCGGUCUAGUUUCUCCUCCGCGCCCUGCUCCCUCGAGUGUGACGGCGAGCUGGACGCCCAGAAGCUUCGCCUGUGCCGGGACUUCCUAUUGGACGAGGAGGUCCACAUUCCUCUGAACGCCGACCCCCAUCAACCGCAGGAACGGGACGCCGCGGGUCCCGCGGCGUCCGACGAGGACGCCGACGCCCCGUCACCGGAGCACCUGCUGGCCAAGAAGUACGGCGGCUUCAUGAAGCGCUACGGCGGCUUCAUGUCCCGCCGCUCCCCGUCCCGAGAGGGGCCGGCGCUGGAGGACGACGAGGAGAACGCUCGCCUGGAGAUCCUCAAGUUCCUCAACGAUGAGCACGCCGGCGAGGGGGAAGGUCCGGGGCGGGAGGCCGCCAAGAGGUACGGGGGCUUCAUGCGCCGGGCCGGAGGAGGAGCGGCGCCGGGCGACCUGCUGGAGGCGGUGUUGGGCCGCGGGCUCAAGAAGCGCUACGGGGGCUUCAUGCGGCGCGUGGGCCGGCCGGAGUGGCUGGUGGACAGCAGCAAGAGCGGGGGAGGGGUGUCGAAACGGGCCUGGGAGGACGGCAGCGAGCUGCAGAAGAGGUACGGGGGCUUCAUGGACUAGGAGCCCCGCCCCCCCCCCACACACACACCCCUCUCUGCUUUGCAUCACGUGCCGCUGCCCACAUCGUUGGUUCAAUGCUCCUGUAAUGGUAACAAAAAAAGAAGAAGAUAAACAUGUGUUGUUCAGAUGUGCACACACUUUUAUUUUGGGGGUAUGUUUUUUGGGUUUUCCUGAUAUUAUUUAUUAAAAGAAUUUGGUGAUCAAGGUG